AUGCAGCCUCUAAUUUCCCCCUACUUUUCUUCAUCUUUGCUCACUGUUUUCUUGGUGUCUCUUCUUUUCGUUGGUGACCAUGCCGCAGCGCGGAUAAUCCUGCCGGCAAACGUGACUGUGCCCGCAAUUAUAGCGUUCGGGGACUCAAUAAUGGAUCAAGGGGCCAACAAUAAUCUAAACACUGUGGUCAAAGCAAAUUUUGCUCCCUAUGGAAAGGAUUUUUUGGCCGGAAAACCAUCCGGAAGAUUUUCCAAUAAUAAGACACCCGCGGACAUGCUCGAGACGAUGCAGCCUCUUUUGGUGAAACUUUCUUAUUCUUCUUCAUCUUCGCUCACUAUUUUCUUGGUUUCUUUUCUUUUGGUGGCUGAUCGUAGCGGAGCACGGGUGACGCUGCCGGCAAAUGUGACCGUGCCGGCAGUUAUAGCAUUUGGGGACUCAAUAGUGGAUCAAGGGGCCAACAAUAAUCUACACACUUUUAUUAAAGCCAAUUUUGCUCCCUACGGAAAGGAUUUUGUUGCCGGAAUACCAACCGGAAGAUUUUCCAAUAAUAAGACACCGGCGGACAUGCUCGUUGAACAACUGGGAAUAAAAGAGAUUAUGCCAGCAUAUCUUGAUCCAUCCCUUGAGGAUAAAGAGCUUCUAACUGGUGUAAGCUUUGCAUCUGGCGGCACAGGAUUUGAUCCCCAAACUUCCCAGCUAGCGCGGGUUUUGUCAUUUGCCGACCAACUAGACCAAUUCAAAGAAUACAUUGGGAAGCUCAAGGAUAUAGUUGGAGAAGAAAGAACACAAUACAUAUUAGCGAAUAGCUUAUACUUGGUCGUCGCAGGUACCGAUGAUCUUGCAAAUACUUAUUUUGGUGUCGGCAUAAGGAGAUUACAAUAUGAUAUCUCGUCCUACAGUAAUCUCUUGGUAUCAUUAGCUUCCAACUUUAUACAGGAUAUAUAUAAACUUGGAGCUAGAAGAAUAGGGGUCUUCAGUGCACCCCCAAUAGGGUGCUUGCCAUCACAAAGAACUCUUAGUGGCAAUGGACAUAAACAUACGUGUGCAAAAAAGUACAACAAAGCAGCACAAUUAUACAACAAGAAGUUGCAACUAGAGCUUAAGCGUCUUAAUAGUACUCUUGUUCAAUCCAGGAUCGUCAAUGUUGACAUAUACAAUCCCUUGCUUGAUAUCAUUGAAAACCCUCAACAAUAUGGACUAGAAGUUGUCGAUAGAGGUUGUUGUGGCACAGGAACGAUAGAGGUUGCCGUUUUAUGUAACCAAUUACUCCCAACAUGUCUUGAUACUUCAAAAUACCUUUUCUGGGAUAGUUACCACCCAACAGAGAAAGGAUACAACAUACUGAUAAAUCAAGUGUUACGAAAAUAUCGGUUCCAAAGCUGUCUUAACAGCUCCAUGCUGGUUUAUUUGGUCCUUCACACUAACGUCCAUCUAUUAAUUCGCGCACGGAUAACGCUGCCGGAAAAUGUGACUGUGCCGGCUGUUAUAGCGUUUGGGGACUCGAUAGUAGAUCAAGGCGCGAACAAUAACUUAAACACUUUGGUUAAAGCCAAUUUUGUUCCCUAUGGAAAGGAUUUCGUGGGCGGAAAACCAACCGGAAGAUUUUCCAACAAUAAGACGCCAGCGGACAUGAUCGUUGAACAACUGGGAAUAAAAGAGCUUAUGCCAGCAUAUCUUGAUCCAUCCCUUGAUGAUAAAGGGCUUCUAACUGGUGUAAGCUUUGCAUCUGGUGGCUCAGGAUAUGAUCCAGAAACUCCCAAGAUAGCGGCCGUUUUGUCAUUAGCGGACCAGCUAGACCAAUUCAAAGACUACAUUGAGAAGCUCAGGCGUAUAGUUGGAGACGAAAGAACACAAUACAUUUUAGCAAAUAGCUUAUUCUUGGUGGUUGCAGGUAGCGACGAUCUUGCUAACACUUACUUCACUAUUGGCAUAAGGAGAUUACAAUAUGACAUCCCUUCCUACACUAAUCUCAUGGUAUCAUCAGCUUCCAACUUCAUAAAGGAUAUAUACAAACUUGGAGCACGAAGAAUAGGGGUCUUCAAUGCACCUCCAAUAGGCUGUUUGCCAUCACAAAGAACUCUUGGUGGCAAUGGGCUUAGAAUGUGUGCAGAAGAGUACAACAAAGCAGCACAAUUAUAUAACAGCAAGUUGCAACCAGAGCUUAAACAUCUUAAUAGCACUCUUGCUCAAUCCAGGAUCGUCAAUAUUGACAUAUACCGACCCUUGCUUGCUAUUAUCGAAAACCCUCUCCAAUAUGGACUAGAAGUUGUGGAUAGAGGUUGUUGUGGCACAGGAAACAUAGAGGUUGCCAUUCUAUGUAACCAAUUGCUGCCAACAUGUCUUGAUGAUUCAAAAUACCUUUUUUGGGACAGUUAUCACCCUACAGAAAAAGGAUACAACAUCCUCAUAAAUCAAGUGGUAGGGGAAUACCUUAGUGAUUUCUUUUGAGUUCAUAUAGAGGUUGAUAAAUAUUCGUACUACACAAGUUUGGAUGAGUUAUAAUAGUUUCUGAGCAAGCUCGAUCGCUUCCUGAAAUGUGAGAAAUGAUAGGAAGUGACUCAUCAAUGAGGUUUUCAAUACGUCUCGGUUGAUGUAUAUUUCGUGUAAACCUCUUUGUGUACCAUUUUAUAUAUCAAUAAGAGUUGAUCUCAAC